GUUGCGGACCGGUAACCCGAGCGUUACACGGGAUGAGAUCGUACUACAUUCGAGCUCAGACCGUUGCGCACGACUUCAGCCUGAACAGUUCUCUCCCCCAGGUCCAGUCCACACACACCUCUCAUUCCGCUGCUCCUCCCGCGGCGGGUUUCCGGCGCCUAGCUGUUAUGGCGCCCUCCCGCUCAUUCGACGAUCGCGCCGCUUCCCCCCCACCGUGCCGCUGCUUCACCUCCCCUCCCCCCGCGCAUUCGCUCCGCUCAACUUCCGCCCAUCCUCUCCCUGUUCAUUCUGCGCCCGACUUGCACCCCCCUGCGCGCCAUUUUUCCGUGUGGUCCAAGCGGCGGCUCUCCGCUGCCCCCCCCGCCAGUGCGGAGGUCCCCCGUGAGGGCCCGUCACACGGCGGGCCCGCGACGGGCGACGGGAAUCGCCGCGCGGCGUGGCACGAGAGCAACGUCGCACGGUCGCUAGCGACGAACGCGCGACGGUUGCAGAGGCAGCUUCGUCGCCUGGCGGUUUGUCAUGGCAGGCAUUUGAACCUUGGUGUGGCGGUCGUACACCUUCCAUCCGGGCAGUCCGCAAAUGUUCGAGCUGCCCGGCAGUUCCCCUUGGCCAGCGUGGCGAAGCUGCCUCUUCUCUUCGCAGCAGCGCAUGCCAUCCACUGCCCCUGCCCGUGCCACUCCGCACACCGCCCUCACACCCCUGCGUUACCCCUGGCCUCCUGCACCAGUGGCAGCGGAAGCAUCACCGGGGAUUUCCUAUCGUCAAGAGGCCUGACCCUCAGCACCGUGCUGCAAGUGCGGGAGGAGGACAAGUGCAUUGGCAGUGGCGUCAUGUGGUCCCUACCCAGUGGCACGGCCGUAACGCUGCACCAGUGCCUGUCGCUCAUGAACUGCGUGUCCGAUAACACCGCUGCUGACCUGGUGUUCAAGGCCGUGGGGUGGCCGUGUGUGAGCGGGCUGUUGCACUCACAUGGCGCACGUGACACGUCCGUGCACCUCACACAGAGACAGGCAUAUCUGCUGGCUCUCGGGCUGUGCUCAGACCUACGAGAGCCAUAUGGCAGGGCCAGGGCCGAGAGCUGGCAGGGCCUCUCCCUGGCGCAGCAGAGGCGGGUGGCGGGGCGGGCAGAGGGGGAGAGCAGGGCAGUGAGUGUGGGGGACAUGCGUGCACUGGAAGAGGCAUCACUGCACGUGCAGAGGGCACAGGGCGACAAGGGCUAUCGCAAUGACUACCGAAUCGCAGCAGCGAUGGACAACCAGGGGUCGCCAGCGGACAUGGCGCAUCUGCUGUCGGCACUGUGCUCUGCGCGCCUGCUGCCAUCCCCCCCUGCCACGGGGCUCUGCCUGCACACCAUGGCCAUGCAGGAGUAUGGGCGGCGCCGGCUGCCCUUCUACCUGCCCCCAAGCACGCCUGUGCUGCACAAGACAGGAAGCAUUCUAGGCAUCGUGAAUGCAGCAGGAAUCAUCCCCUUGCCUCGACCACCUUCACCCCUGCUCGCUCACCGCACCCACUCCGUCAAACACCUGCCUUUGCUUCCCACCCAGCCAGCCUCACCUCACUCCUCCGUGUCUUCCUCACCAUCCACAUCCUUCACAGCUCCACCACUGUCACCCUCCUCUCGCCUCCCUGCAAUAGAGCAUGCUGAGGGUAGGGACUGUAUGCACCCAUUGGCAGUGGGUGAGGGGGGUGCAGUGGUGGUGGCAGCAUUUGUGGAUGGGGUAUGGAGGCAGCAUGAGAGGGAGGCUGAGUAUGUGAUUGCGCGGGCUAGCAAGCUCGCAUAUGACACGUGGGGGGGAAAUCGUCGGUUGCGCCGCAUGCUGAGUGCUAGAGAGAGGAGACGAUGGCUCUUACCAGAGUAACUUUCCCAUUGACGAUAGUGCCUCUGUUUGGUCAUGGAAUGUAGGGUAUAUUACAUGUAAUGCUUAGCCGAUGCUCUCAGUUGUUUUUUGCGUGCACAUAAGUCAUGUUUGGUAGAGAUUUGAUACAAAUGCCAUUUCCUGGUCUGGAGA